UUUCAUUUUAUCGACAAUCAAUCCGUCCAAUGAUGCUCCACAGCAUCCUCUGACUCUCGUAUAUCGUCACUCCUCCUUGGUGAAAGCACUCUGAGAAAAGAAUCUUAGCGAGAUUCACUGCAGAAAUGACGACCGAUGCUUUCAAUGGAGAUAGUGAUAUCAACCUUACCCUGUUGGGCACUCAGUUUUGGGUGCGCUUCCGAAGUAUUAUCUGUUUCAUCGCAUAUCCCAAGUCAUGUAUAAAAUGGAAAACUUAUGCCGGAAAUAUCUCUUCAAGUGAGACUUACCACUGUGAGGUUGUUCGCUCCACUCAAGACUUGUGUCUUCUAGCUACCAUGAGAGGCUCACAAAGUAAACCACAGACAGAAGAGUUUUCUCGUGCAAGUUCCCCUCACGCAAACCGCGAUGCUCAAUCUGAUUCAUCUAAUGUUGAACGUGCCUUAUUAGACUGGCAAGAAGAUAGCAACGGCUGUAUCUCCAGUACAGGUACUCGGUUCUACAUCUUAUGGGGAGUCACAGUGAUAGUUCUGGUUUUCAUUGUUAUGCGGCAGUGGUAUCGGAGUAGGAGGGUUUGUAAGGCCACAAAGGAGGUUAAUUGUCCGGUGACAGACGAUUUGGAAAGUCGAAAGUGCCUCAUCAGCAAUACACGUGGAUGAAUUCCUGCAAGACACUGUGAUUGUCUAAAUUCUCCUGUAAUUCAUAUUUCAUCCUUAUAACGUCCCGUUCUACUGCUAAGAGGCAUCGCGAUUUACAGAGUCUCGCUGUCUUAUUUUUUUGGCUUUGGUUUUGGCCGUAAUAAAAACGGUGGCAGAAAGGACC